AUGUUUAAAUAUCUGCGUGUGAGGGCAUCGCCCGACCCCCUCACGGCCGCUGCCCGCACCCAAGAUGGCGGCGGCUGCCUCAGGGCCCGCCCCUCGCGCAUGCGCGGUGCCAUGCAGCGCGCGCUGAGGGCGCUGCUCCGGCCGCCGCCGCCAUGGCGGCCCCGCCGCCCCCCCCCCGGCCUGAGGGGCCCGGCCCGCAGCGCCCCGGCUCCUCUCUGCGGUUCUGCCCGCCCGCUCUGCAUCGUCCCGGGACAGCCCCGGGGCCCGGCCUGCACCGUCCGAGGACAGCUCUGGGGCCCGGCCCGCCCGCUCUGCACCGCCGCCGGGCCGCCGGCGGCCACGCAUUAUCGCCUGGUGUACACCUGCAAGGUGUGCCAGACCCGCUCAGCCAAAUCCAUCUCUAAGGCCGCCUACCACCGAGGGGUGGUGAUCGUGACAUGUCCCGGCUGCGGGAACCAUCAUGUCAUCGCCGAUAACCUGGGCUGGUUCUCUGAUCUGGAAGGAAAGAGGAAUAUCGAGGAGAUCCUGGCAGCCAAAGGGGAGAAGGUGAGACGUGUGGCUGGUGAGGAAGCCCUGGAGCUGCUGCUGGAAAGCUCGGCAGAGCCCGGGCCCCAAGGUCAGCUGGCAGAGGGGGACAGCGGGGAAGCCCCCGCAGAUCCUGGCAGCAAGGGACACACCUGACACGAGGGACUGUGGGACACAUGUGACACGUGAGGCUGUGGCACGUUGGACCGACCUGCAGCGUGGGAUUUGGAUCAUUCUGCUUGUGGCAAGAGACUCUUCACCUUCACUCCCUGAUUUCAACUGUCUGUUUUUAAAAUAAACUCGGGUGUUGGGUUUUCUC